UUCUAUUUCCCACAAAACAGAACAAUAUCAAAUAGCCAGCUCCAUCCCCAAAUAAUGGUCUUUGCUGUUGAUACUUGCUUAAGCAGUGUUUAAUUCCUGUUUGACAAACUUUAUAAGGUACUACAAGGCAGAUGAUUUUUCACCAUCUACCAUAAUGUGGAACAGACAUUUUGUCUUUUAUCUCCUGCUUUUGCCAGCUUUUAUGACUACAACAAUAUAUGGACAGAGAAAGAAAGGAUCAAAGCCAAAUUUACUUACAAGGAAGAAUGAUCUCCGAGACUCCACUUGCUUCAUAGAUGUUAUCUUCAUUGUGGACAGCUCCGAAAGUUCUAAAAUUGUUCUUUUUGAUAAACAGAAAGAUUUUGUGAACAGUUUGAGUGACAAGCUUUUCCAAUUGACCCCGGCUCGCUCCUUGAAAUAUGACAUCAAACUGGCAGCCCUUCAGUUUAGCAGCUCUGUCCAAAUUGAUCCACCGUUUUCUUCUUGGAAGGAUCUGCAGACUUUUAAACAGAAGGUCAAGUCUAUGAAUUUCAUUGGGCAAGGUACCUUUUCUUAUUAUGCCAUCUCUAAUGCCACUAGACUACUUAAAAGAGAGGGGCGUAAAGAUGGUUUGAAAGUGGCUUUGCUGAUGACUGAUGGCAAAGACCAUCCAAAGAAUCCAGAUGUUGAAAGUAUUUCUAAAGAUGCCAGAACUGCAGGAAUAUUAUUUAUUACCAUUGGACUUUCCACUGUCGUCAAUGAAGCCAAACUUCGUCUGAUAUCUGGAGAUGCAUCUGAUGAACCCAUUCUACUCUUGAGUGAUCCAAAUCUUGUAGAUAAAAUUCAGGAUCGCCUGGAUAUCUUAUUUGAAAAGAAGUGUGAACAAAAGAUUUGUGAGUGUGAGAAGGGGGAUCCAGGAGACCCAGGACUUCCUGGUACACAUGGAAACCCAGGUAUUAAAGGUGAGCGAGGACCAAAAGGAAACCCGGGUGAUGCUCAAAAAGGAGAGCCUGGAGAAAAAGGCCCAGGGGGAACUCCUGGGUACAAGGGUGAGAAGGGUGAACGUGGAGAAUGUGGUAAACCAGGAAUAAAAGGUGACAAAGGAUCUGCAGGACCAUAUGGACCAAAGGGGCCCAGAGGCCUUCAGGGCAUUAGUGGACCUCCAGGGGACCCCGGCCCAAAGGGAUUUCAAGGCAAUAAGGGUGAGCCAGGUCCUCCUGGUCCUUAUGGUCCUCCUGGAGCCCCUGGAAUUGGACAGCAAGGUAUUAAGGGAGAAAGGGGCCAGGAAGGAAGAACAGGCGCUCCGGGUCCAAUCGGAGUUGGUGAGCCUGGUCAGCCAGGUCCUCGUGGUCCUGAGGGAGCACCAGGAGAGAGGGGCAUGCCUGGAGAAGGAUUUCCAGGGCCAAAGGGUGAAAAAGGUUCUGAAGGACCAAUUGGCCCACAAGGAUUACAAGGCCUGUCAAUUAAAGGGGAAAAGGGGGAUUUGGGACCUGUGGGGCCUCAAGGACCAAUGGGAACUCCUGGAAUUGGGAGUCAAGGGGAACAGGGAAUUCAAGGACCUGUUGGACCACCCGGUCCUCAAGGACUCCCAGGACAAGGCUUACCGGGUUCCAAGGGAGAAGUAGGCCAGACAGGACCUACAGGUCCUAGGGGACCAGUGGGAGUUGGAGUACAAGGUCCAAAGGGGGCGCCGGGCUCAACGGGGUUCCCAGGACAACCGGGAGUACCUGGGGAAGAUGGAACCCCAGGAAAGAAGGGAGAAGCAGGACUUCCAGGCCCAAGAGGACCAGAAGGACCGCCUGGGAAGGGAUAUCCAGGCUCCAAGGGUGAUGAAGGAAAAAAAGGAAGCAAAGGAAAUCAAGGACAGAGGGGAUUUCCAGGGCCUGAAGGGCCAAAGGGUGAUCCAGGGAUUAUGGGCCCUUUUGGGAUGCCUGGAGCAUCAAUUCCUGGACCGCCUGGGCCAAAGGGAGAAAGAGGAGGACCUGGAAUGCCUGGAUUUAAAGGAGAACCAGGAUUUUCUAUUCGAGGACCAAAGGGUGCCCAAGGCCCACAGGGACCAGUGGGCCCGCCAGGACUCAAAGGCGAUGGCUAUCCUGGUGUGGCUGGACUUCGAGGAUUACCAGGACCCCCCGGACCAAUGGGUUUACGUGGUGUUGGGGACACUGGAGCAAAGGGAGAGCCUGGUGUAAGAGGCCCUCCAGGCCCCUCUGGGCCUCGGGGCAUAGGAACCCAGGGACCAAAGGGUGAUAUUGGGCAGAAAGGAUUGCCUGGUCCCCCAGGCCCCCCUGGAUAUGGAUUGCAAGGAAUUAAAGGGGAACAAGGACCUCAAGGCUUUCCAGGGAUAAAGGGCAUGAUGGGCCGAGGUCUCCCAGGCCAGAAGGGAGAGCAUGGAGAACGUGGCAGUGUGGGGAAGAAAGGUGAUAAAGGAGAAAUAGGAGAGCCUGGAACUCCUGGAGCACAGGGAUUACAAGGACCAAAAGGAGACCUGGGACUCACAAGAGAAGAAAUUAUCAAACUUAUUCUUGAAUUAUGUGGUUGUGGGCCCAAAUGCAAAGAGGCACCUCUAGAGCUGGUGUUUGUGAUUGACAGUUCAGAAAGUGUGGGGCCAGAGAACUUCCAGAUCAUCAAAACUUUUGUGAAGACUCUGACUGAUCAGGUUGCUCUGGAUCUUGCCACAACCCGCAUUGGCAUAAUCAACUACAGUCAUAAGGUGGACAAAGUAGCUCAUUUGACACAGUUUUCCAGCAAGGAUGACUUCAAACUGGCUGUGGACAAUAUGCAGUAUCUAGGGGAAGGCACCUAUACAGCUACUGCUCUCCAUGAAGCCAACCACAUGUUUGAGGCUGCAAGGCCAGGUGUAAAGAAGGUGGCCCUUGUCAUCACUGAUGGGCAGAUGGAUACACGUGAUGAAAACAACCUGACCCAUGUGGUAAAGAUCGCCAGUGACAACAAGGUGGAAAUAUUUGUGAUUGGGGUGGUGAAGAAGAAUGACCCCAAUUUUGAAAUGUUCCACAAAGAAAUGAAUCUAAUUGCUACUGAUCCAGAUAGUGAGCAUGUUUAUCAAUUUGAUGACUUUAUCACCCUGCAAGUUUUCCAACCUGGGGCCCCAUUUUCUUAUUACCACUGCUGGGUGAUUGACACCCUGAAUCAAAAGUUGUUUAAAAAAACUUGUGAGGAUUUUGAUUCCUACCUCGUUCAAAUUUUGGGUUCACCACCACUUCAACCUGGACUUGGGAUGUCAGGGGAAGAACUCGGGGAAUCCACUCCAGAGCCCCAGGGAGAAAAUUCUGAAUCUGCUGUCCCCAGAAUCCAAGAUGAAAAGAACAAGCCUCCAAUACCUACUGGGGCUGGAAGCCUGGAUACUUCUCCCUCAUCUGAGGCUAUGACCACCCAGAGGCCAUUACUCAGGCCCCCUGAACAUGGGACAGAGAUCCUGGAAAUAAGAACUCCAAGUCCCAUUUGGAUUUUACAGCAGGAAAAGUUGAUGCACAAAGAUCCUAGAUGUUUGGAAGCCCUGAAGCCUGGAGACUGUGGUGAAUAUGUGGUCCGAUGGUAUUAUGACAGACAGGUCAACUCUUGUGCCCGCUUUUGGUUCAGUGGCUGUAAUGGCUCAGGAAACAGAUUCAAUAGUGAAAAGGAAUGUCAAGAAAUCUGCAUUCAAGGAUGAGUCGGUGACCCUCAUUUGAGCUCAGCAGUGAAUAAAAGAAAACUCAAGCAAAGAGGAGAUGGAAUCACACCAAACUUAGUAGAAACAAUUUUGUGUAGCUUAAUUAUAUGUUUAUGUAACACUUGAUUCUACAAAAGAAUAUUUGUAAGAUACUAGAAAAUUUAAAAAUAUGAUAUUAAGAUGAAAACCAGUGAACAGAUCACAUAGAGAAUGAACCAAGUAUAACCAAUUCUAAUGAAUCUUCUGUUCCUGCCCUAUCUUGAACUUUGUAUUUACCAUUUCAGUUUGCUAUUGGUUUUCAUAUGUAAUGUUACAUGUGAAAUCUAUCUUUCUAUGUAUCUCUGAACAAUACAUAGUCUUAUUUUAGAGCUUUGUGUCAUACUCUAGUCAAUUUUUUACAGCUUGCUAGUUCAUUUGUAUUACCAUUAUUGUAAUUAAAGUGUAUUCCUAAGAUAUUUAUUAUUCAGUUUUUUUGAACCUAUAUGUAAUUCUCUGCAACUUUUAAAUGUAACAUUAUAAUUCAUAUAGGUUCAUUUACUUUCAGUUGUAUAAAAUAUGGAUGGCCAUAUAACAAUAUAUUUAAUUCCUGCUCUGUCUGUGAUCCAUUACCCUGUUUUUAGUAAGUUUGUUUUAAUACACAUUCAAUGUUGCUUUCAUUCUGGCUUAGGGUAUACAUGCAACAGUGUUUCUCUAGGAUAUAUAUCCAAAAGUAAAAUUUCUGGGUUGCAGGAUUUGUAAACAUUCUAAAAUAACAUGCCCUGCCAACUUUUCUUCCAAUGUAUUUGAAGCAAUUCAAUUGUGUAUAAGAGUUCCCACUACUUGAUUUUUGGGACAACACAUAGCAUUGUCAAAUUUCUUUAAUUUGUCAAUAUUGGGUAUAAUAUGGUGCCGAUAUCCUAUUUUAAUUUGCCUUUUCCUGGUGACACCUUACCAUAUGUAUUUACCAUCUGUGUUGUCACUUCUGUGAAAUGUUUUUAUAACUGGAGAAGACUUAUAUUGGAUUGUUUUCAUUAUUGAAUUUCUGGAGUUCCUUAUAUACCUUGAAAUCCAAUUCUUUGUUCAUUAUAUAGAACGCAAAUAUCUUCGUAGAUUUUUUUAAACUUUUUUUAAUGAACAAGUUCUCAACUAACGCAAUCAAGCCUAUCCAUUUUUUGUAUUAUAGCUAGCACCUCUCUUCCUAGCCUCUCAGCUACCUUUCUUGGUUGGGAAACUCCUCCAGAGCAAAAGUUGCUCUGGUACUGGGCUUACCUUUCUAAGUUCCAUCUUCAUGUUGCUCAGUCCUUGUUAGCACCUUAGUAAUCACUAGGUGAUAUUUUUUUCUCUCCAUAUUUUAUAAUCAUCCUCAGCUUGAACAUGUGUCUGAGCUACGAAGUGGUUGACUACCAGUUUUUUAUUUGUAGGGUAGAGGGUGUUGACUAUUUGCAUAUUUCCUAGAAGCACAGCAAUGAAUUGAAAAGUUUGAUUCAUUCACCAUCUGGUUGUUGAAAGGAGAAAGACAUUCAGAGUCUCUAGUUUACUGUUUUGCCAGAAGCGCCUAUUCCUUUUUCAAGCUUUUCACAAGUCUGCCCACAUAGAAAAUUGAUAUGAUAGAGAUUUAGGUUUCAUAAUCCUUCUGUCUGCAACAUUUUGCUCCUCCUUCUGCAACUGACCCAAUCCUGCUGGGACAGCUUAAAGACCUCUCCUCUAUUGUAUCUUCUCAUCCCUAUCAGUUGGUCUAUGUACUACUUGGUUUCCGUCUCCAUUCUAUCCUGAGCACAGUAUUUGUUUCUUUGUACUUAGUGGAGAGUAUAUUCAUUAGUUUUCUUUUGCUAUUCUAGCAAGUUACCACAAAUUUGAUGCCUUUAGCAACAUAAAUUGUAAAACCUUAAAGCUCGGUGGGUCAGAAGUCUGGUAUGGGUCUCUCUGGGGUAAAAUCAAGGUGUCAGCCUGCUCUGCUUCUUCUGGAGUCUCUAGAGGAGAAUCUGUCACUUUCUUUGGCUUAUGCCUCUUUCCUCUAUUUUCAAAGUACAUAACAGUAAAUUGUUAUCUACUAAAACAACAGUAGAUUGAGUUCUUCUCUCUGGUUCUCUGGCUACAACUGGCAAAGACUCUGACAGCUUUAAGGACUCCUGUGACUGGACUGGGCCUGCCUGUAUAAUCCAGAAUAAUCUCCCUACAUUAAAGUCCUUAACCUUAAUUGCAUCUACAAAGUCCCCUUUGCCAGAAGACCUCCAGUGAUAAAUUAAAGUAUCUUGAAGGACCAUUCUUAUCUUUUUCAUUUUGUUGAAACCUGAACUUUGCUGACUGCAAGGAAUAUUCUAAUUAGGUGUUUGAAGCCCAGACUAGUGAUAGUCAGGCAUAGUACUUUCAAUCUUAAUAUUAAUCCUAAUCACAACAAAAAGUUAAAUAACAUUAAGGGGGGGGGAAUUUAUGUAAUAUAUAAAAGAAUUAUUUCAUGUCUGUAAUAAACCAAAUCUUAUAUGUAUUAAAAGAAAAAA